UGUCCCCUCCUCUUCCGUAGUGUUAUAUAUAUUUCCCCUCCUUUUACGCUCUCUUCUCCUCCAAAAAGUAAAAGACAGGACAAGUGACCGGAGAAAAAGGGGGGCUUAAUUUACUAGCCGUAGUGUCAUUUCCCGGCCUGUUUUCCGGUCGAUGGCUUUGAUGAUAAACAGUACGAAAGCAUAGACGCUUGUCUAGCAGCGGGCAUUUUUGAGUUUCCUGCUACUAGUAAAUGGGUUGCUUUCACUCGAAAGUGACUAAGCAAUUCCCUGGACAUGAAGACCCUGUAGUUCUUGCUUCACAAACAGCUUUUACAGUCAGUGAAGUUGAAGCUUUGUUCGAGUUAUUCAAGAGCAUUAGCAGUUCCUUGAUUGAUGAUGGGCUGAUCAACAAGGAAGAGUUUCAGUUAGCUCUGUUUAAGAACAGGAAGAAAGAGAAUCUUUUUGCAAAUCAGGAGUCCAUUUCGGCUUAUUGUUUGAUACACUUUGAGAUAUUUGAUCUUUUUGAUGUUAAGCAAAAGGGAGUAAUUGAUUUUGGUGACUUUGUCCGAUCACUCAAUGUAUUCCAUCCUAACGCCCCUCAAGAAGACAAGAUUGAUUUUACAUUUAAACUCUAUGAUAUGGACAGGACAGGAUGUAUUGAACGACAUGAGGUAAAGCAGAUGUUAAUUGCUCUGCUGUGUGAAUCUGAGAUGAAGUUGGCUGAUGAAACCGUCGAGGCAAUACUUGAUAAGACGUUCUUGGAUGCUGAUGUUAAUCAGGAUGGAAAGAUAGAUAGAUGUGAGUGGCAGAACUUUGUUUCCCGGAAUCCGUCAUUACUGAAAAUCAUGACCCUUCCUUAUCUCAGGGACAUAACGACAACAUUUCCAAGCUUUGUUUUCAAUUCCGAGGUUGAGGAGGUUGCAACCUAGGAAAAUUGAUGUCAUGCUUAGUGAAUUUAUUUGAUUGUUGGAAGGAAAUUUUUGGCUUGAUUUGUCCACACAAGUUAACUAUGUGCAAAGGAUGACGUUGAUUUUUUUUUUGGAUGUUAGGGUAUAGUUGUCCACAUCAAUUAGGGUAGUAGUGGCAUAUAAUUAGUGUUGUAAUAGUGAAUAGAAGGUCUUACUCUCACAACCAUGAGGGUUGUUUAUUUAUAGCAUCAGAGAGACGAACCCUAAUGAUAUUACAUCAAGUGGGCUGGGCCCAAUACUAAUAUAUUCUAACACUCCCCUCAAGCUGGAGCAUAUAUAUU